ACUUUAUCAGCUGCUGGUUUUACUGCUUCUAAGGUGGUUUGGUUCCUCAUUGCACACGCACCCGCAUGUCUGACUCUGUGUCAUGUUUGCUUUGUGUGUGUGUGUGUGUUUUGCUCGUUCAGUACGAUGCUGCUCUCAUCCAGCCUAGCGUGGCGUUGCGUUCCUGUGCUUCUUCAUCAAUGGUAAGGACUCAGCUGAACUCCAGGCUUCCUCAGCAUCUCGGCAUGGAGGUCCGUGGGGGGGAGUCCAGCACGCCUGCUCUCAAGCCUCCGCAAUCAUUCAAGAAGGAGGACUUCAGCUUUGGCAAAAUUUUAGGAGAGGGCUCCUUUUCAACGGUCGUGCUUGCAAAAGAGCUGGCCACCGGAAAAGAAUAUGCAAUGAAGAUUCUCGAGAAGAAUCACAUCAGAAAAGAGAAUAAAGCACACUAUGUGAUCAGAGAGAAGGAUAUAUUAUCAUGCAUAGAUCAUCCCUUUUUUGUAAAGCUCUUCUUCACAUUUCAAGAUUCGCAGAAGUUAUAUUUUGCCCUCAGUUAUGCAAAGAAUGGAGAACUGCUUAGAUACAUUCGCAAAAUCGGCUCAUUUGAUGAGACUUGCACAAGAUUCUACACUGCUGAGAUAGUUUGUGCACUCGAGUAUUUGCACACAGUGGGGAUUAUCCACAGGGACCUCAAGCCAGAGAAUAUUUUGCUCUGCGAAGACAUGCACAUUCAGAUUACGGAUUUCGGGACAGCGAAACAGCUUUCAUCGGACAGCGCUCAAACUAGAGCCAAUUCUUUCGUUGGCACCGCACAGUAUGUUUCUCCAGAGCUGCUGACUGAAAAAUCCGCCUGCAAAAGUUCAGAUCUGUGGGCAAUGGGUUGCAUAAUCUACCAGCUGGUUGCUGGAUUACCUCCGUUUAGAGCUGGGAACGAGUACUUGAUUUUCCAGAAGAUAAUAAAGCUGGAAUAUGAAUUCCCUGAGAAGUUCUUCCCAAAAGCUAAAGAUCUGGUCCAGCGUCUGUUGUCUUUGGACCCUAGAAAGCGGCUGGGAUGUGAGGAAAUGGGAGGGUUCGGUCCGCUGAAAGGCCACAUGUUCUUUGAGACUGUCUCAUGGGAGAACCUGCCGCUUCAGACUCCACCCAAACUGACCCCUUACCUGCCAGCCAUGGCUGAGGAUGAUGAAGACUACUAUGGCAAUUAUGAAGAUCUCCUCAGUCAGUUCAGCAGCCUGCAGGUGGUUCCCUCCAGCUCAGCGCAGAUCGUCCCACCCAGACCCUGCAGCAACAUCGAGCAGUACAUCCACGACCUGGACAGCAACUCCUUUGAGCUGGACCUGCAGUUCUCCAGCGAGGAGAAACGACUACUCCUGCAAAAGCAAACAAGCGGCAACCCCUGGCACCAGUUUGUCGAAAAUAACUUGAUAUAUAAAAUGGGACCAGUUGACAAAAGAAAGGGGCUGUUUGCUCGACGCCGUCAGCUUUUACUAACUGAAGGACCGCAUCUGUAUUAUGUGGAUCCUGUUAAUAAAGUACUAAAGGGGGAAAUUCCGUGGUCUCCAGAAUUGCGUCCUGAGGCCAAGAAUUUCAAGACGUUUUUUGUCCACACGCCAAACAGGACAUAUUAUCUAAUGGAUCCCAGUGGGAACGCAGACAAAUGGUGCAAGAAGAUUCAAGAGGUGUGGGGAACAGUAUAUCACUAACAUCAGACAUGAUGGGGCAUUACAGGACCACUGCAGUAAAGGCAAGCCCUCCACCAUUCAGCUACCAAAACAGGACGUCCCAAUGGGACUCAACUGUUCAGUUAUGGGACAAGUGCACUGAUAAACUGUAGAAAUUAUUGUCUUAUUUUGUAGUUUUUGUCUUGUUUUCCACUAUUACUGCUGGUGUUAGAUUACACAUGCACACAUUUUGCUUGAUUAAAACCUAAUUUACACUGAUUUAGGUGACAUUAGGAUGAAAAUUAACCGCGCUUAUGUUUUUUAGUUCUCUCAUAAAUCUAUCCACAUCCGAUGGAUUACUUCAGAAUUCUGGCCCCUAAAGGGAUUGAAUACAAAUGUAUUCAUUAUUUAUUUACAAUCAAGUGGUUCUAAACUCAUCCUCUAUUUGUUGUAAACCAGUUUGAAUUUCUUUUUAUCUGUUCAACAUCAAACAAGUUCUGAAUAAUGGCUAAAAAAGCAGCAAAUGACAUCCAUGGUGGAAACAAAGCAUAGGAUGGAAGUCAAUGGCUGCUUCCCUCCAACAUUUUCCAUAAUAUCUUAUUUUGUGUUCAACAAAAGAAAGAAACUCUAACAGGUUUGGAACAAGUCAGGGAUGAGUAAAUCAUGAAAAAUGUUUCCUUUUUGGGUAAAUUAGUCUUGUUUCUGAAAAAAAUACAUGAAAAUAAAGUGAGUUUAUGCUAAAAAGGAAAACAAAAAAA